GUGCGGGCAGGUGGCGUUCUCUUACCGCCCCGAGCAGGCGGGGGCGGCGGGCAGCAGCAACCGCGUGACGGGCAGCACGGUGUGGCGCCCGCCCACCGCCGAGGCGGGCAGCGGGGAGCCCUCGUGGGCGCUGGAGUUCGCGGAGAGGAAGGAGUGGCGAAGGUUCCAGCAGCUGCACGACUCGUGCGCCCGGCGCAACGAGCGCAGCAUGUCGGCGCGCCGCAUCCCCAUCCCCAUCCCGGGUGUGCGCGUGGUGCCGUGGCGCUGGCACCUGCGCGGCUCCUCCGCCGCCAGCAGCAGCGUCAGCAGCGGCAGCGUCGCCGGGCCGGCAGAUGGCGCGCAGGUGGCGCGCACGUGCUGUACGACCUGGACUCCGACGACGAGCGCUUCCUCGCCACCCUGCCAUCCCGCACAGUGGGAGGGGCGCAGAGUCAGGCAGCAGUGCAGGGCGCCAUACACAUGGCUGAUGGCAGCGCUGGGGGCCCGCUGGCCCAUGGGCAUGCGGCGAACCAUGCAGCGGCGCCAGGUGAAGCGGCGGCAGGAGCAGCGGCUUCAGGAGCAGGUUGGGCGAUGAGUGGCGAGCAGCUGGAGCGCGUGAUGGACCGCCUGGAGAAGGAGGCGUUCGCCGCUGGGGGCGCGCUCACCCACCACCACGCCCUGCGCUGCUGCCACCACCUGGCGCCCCCCGCUGCCGUGCUGGCUGCCGUCCACCACUGGCGCGCCAAGCGGCAGAGCAAAGGCACGGCGCUCUGCCGCCAUUUCCAGCGUGCGCCGUGGGAGAUCUACCAGGAGCAGGUGCGGGAGUGGCAGCGCCAGCUGCAGCUGCUGCAGGGGGGCGACCCCACGCUGCACACCCCCUCUCGCGCGCCCUCUCCCUCCACUCAAACGACCGGCGCUGGGCAGAGUGCGUGGGAGCAGAGGCAGGGCGGGGGAGCGGGUGUGGGCGGUGGGUCAGCGCAGGGAGACAGGGGUGCUGGGACUGACGGGCCAGCAGACGGCCAGCUGCAGCAGCAGGAGGGAGGAGUGAGGGAGCAGCAGAGAGAAGCGCGGUUGGGUGCAGCAGAGCAGCGGGGGGUGAGUGAGCAGCAGGCAGGGGCUCGAGGGGCGAGCGAGCAGCACCGUGCGUCUCACGCCGGUGCCGAAGUGGGCAGCACAGCAGCAGGCGUCUCUACUCCACUGCGCCUUGCCAGAAGCCCUGCUUCUCUCCAACCUUUCCCCUCACCGAAUAGCUUUGCCACCCCUGGCCUUGCCACCCCUGACCUUGCCACCCCUGGCCUUGCCACCCCUGGCCUGGCCACCCCGACCACCCCCGGCGCUGUCAGUGCAGCGCAGCAGCACGUGCCCGCCAUCCCGCGCCCGCCGCUCUUUGCCUUCUGUCUGCAGCCGCGUGCCUAUGCGCGCCGGCCCGCCCUACCCGCGCGCCCGCGCUCCACCAAGCGCGCGGCGCACCUCGCCGACCACACGGGCUUGGAGCAUCCAGCGUGGGGCGGCGCUGCACCCCUUGCUGGCAGCAUGGACCGCAGCCCCACGGUGGCAGGCGCGGCGGCGCAGGCAGGGGUGUCUCCCGUGGGCGAGGGGCGGCAGGGGUGGCGGCGGGAGGCGCUGGAGGGACUCGUGGCGCCCAAGAGGCAGCGCAGAGUGGUGUGCCUGGCAGAUCUGCCAGGCGACGAGGCGGAGGGCAGCAGCAGGGACGGCAGGGCGGGCAUGGGCGCAGAGGCAGACGCGCUGCCUGCUGGAGGGAGCGGGGGAGCGAGUGGGGUGCAGCGGGGACUCGCUCGCUCGCACUCGUCGUCUGCCCGCCUCUCGCCCUCGCCCUGGACGCGCCUCUCCAUCACGUCCCCCAGAUCGCCCCUCCCCCCCUCGAUGCGCCUCAGCCUGCGCGUGAGCAGUGGCGAGGAAGGGCUGCUGGACCACAGGCAGCAGCAGCAGCAGCAGCAGCAGCAGGCACAUGCGGGGGGCGAUGGGGGGAUGAGGCACCUGCUGAGGCAGCAGCAGUCAGGGCAUCACCUCCGCCACCCGCGCGCUGCUCCCACCGUCCCUGCGGCCCUGCAUGGCCCCUCCACUGCCGUGAGCCACCAGGGUGCUGCCGUGCCCCACCAGUGUGCUGCCGUGCCCCACCAGUGUGCUGCCGUGCCCCGCGCCGCGGCGGGCAGCAGCAGAGGCACGCGGUGGGUGGCGGGGCAGAGGGUGCUUGGGAUGAGGAGAGGAGUGGAGGCAGCAGAGCCCGCCAGUAGUGCUGCCGAGGCAGCAGGGGAUAAGGGGGAGGCACAGUCAGGAGUGGCAGCGGCAGGAGUGGCAGAGAGCGAGGAGGGCGCACACGCGGAAGGAGCGGCGUGUGGAGGCGCGGGCGUGGGCGUGGUGGGCGUGGUGGUGUACCGGCGCAAGCGACAGCGGUCUGCACGCGCAGCAGCAGGAAGGGCGGGGCAGGCAAGCAGUGGUGCUGACGCUGCCCGUCUGCUCAUGCCCGUGCCCCUCACCCCGCCGCCACCACCCCCUGCCUCAUCCCCCUUCUCUCCUGCCCGCCUCAUGUGGCCUCGCCCGCCUCGCCCCCCUGCACUGGGCGCUGCAUGUGGCGCGGCAGGGCGGCAGGCGGCAGGGCAGGGGUUGGAGGCAGAGGCGUUAGCAGCGAGGGCGUGGGCGAGGAGGGCGAGGGCGAGGGCGGGAGCGGCGAGGGCAAGGGCGAGCGAGGUGCAGCGCGUGGCGGAUGCGGCGCUCGAGCGCGCCGUGCACCGCCUGGCGCUGCUCCGCGCCGCGCACGCCAUGCGCACUCCCACCGCCAUGCAGGCCGGCGCCCCCCCUACUCCUCCCCGGCACCAUCUGCCUGCCGCGCUCCCAUCCGCUCCCAUAGCAGGCGGGUCAGGCGCCCAUGCAUGGCGUGAGCUGCCCGGCGUUGCUGCGCGCGCUGGGGAGUGCAUGGACGGGCGCCGCUGUGGCGGGCAGGGCGGCACGAGUGCACAUGGGAGGGAGGAUGCUGGGGGGGGUGAUGCAGGGGUUGCAGGGACGCUGGAUGGAGUGCAAGAGCAUGAGAGCAUGGGCGAUGCAGUGAGCCCAUGUGGUGGGGCGCUGGAGGUUGCUGAUGCACAGUGUGCAGCAGGGCAUGUAGCAGAGUGUGCAUUGGGGUGUGUGGGCGGCAGUGGGGGUAGCGAGUCACCCCGCCCUGCGUCCCUGGCGCCACCUGUGUGUGUGUCUGCUGUCUCGCAUGGCCCUCUAGCCCCUCCACCUGCGACACCCGCUCGCUGCCCCUUCUGGCCUGCCACCUGUGCCUGCACCCGCCCUCACCUCCCCACACGCAACGCCCGCGCCCUUGGCUCCCACACCGCUUCCUCCGUCCUCCCCCGCACUGCAGCAGGCAGCAGCUGGCCAGCAGCGGCAGCCCGGCAACGCGGGGGCCGUCGCUCCCCUCGCCCUCCUCUGUGGCCAGACGGGCAGCCGUCACCGUGCCUCCUCCCCACCCGUCCCUGCUCUCCGCAUGCUCCCUGGGCCCUCCCACGCACCCCUCUCUGCAUGCUGCCCCUGCUGCGCCUGCCACGUGCCUCCCCCACACCCGUACCUCUCGCUGCACGCGGCAGCGCGUGCCGGGCAGCAGGGGCAGGCGGGGAGGAGGGCGGGGGUGAGGCGUGCUGUGGGGGCGCCUGGAGCAUGGAGUGGGGAGGGCAGUGCGCAGGGUGGGAGAGAGAGUCGGAAGGUGGCGUGGUGGAUGCAGCAGAGGCUGCAGCAGCAGCAGCAGGUGAGCGCGUUGGCAUGCCGGAGGGGGCCGUCGGUGGGUGUGCUGGUACGACUGCGGCUGACACCUGCAAGGACGCCACAGCAGAAGAGCAGCGGACAGCAGAAGAGCAGUGGGCGGGUGUGGGUGGGGUGGAUGGGAUGGCGCAGCAGUCAGGCAGUGCGGUGGAGGCACAGGGAGGCAAGGCGUGCGCGGAUGGGGCAGGCACACAGGCGGACAGGGCGGAGCGAUGUGGGGCUCACGUGGGUGUGUGCCGCCUUGAGGGGGGG